AUGAAGAUUGACGGCCGCACUUUUAUCAUUUCGGGCGGCGCCUCCGGGCUGGGACAGGCCUGCGUGGAGGAAAUAUGCAGGUCCGGGGGAAAUGUCGCCAUCUUGGACAUGAAUGAGGAUUUGGGGAACGAGUUGGUCUCCAAGCUGGGCUCCUCGGCCAAGUUCUUCGUCUGCGAUGUCCUCGAGACCAAGAGCAUCGAGGCCGCCGUCAAGGGCACCGCCGAAUGGGUGAAGCAGACCGGCAAGCCAGUCGGCGGCGUCAUUCCAGCCGCCGGUGUAGGCAACCCGGCGACGAUCCUCGACCGUGAUGGCAAUCCCUUCAGUCUCGACCAGUGGGACUUUGUUCUCAACAUCAACCUCCGCGGCACCAUCGACCUUACCCGUCAAGCCCUCGCCCUGAUGGCUAAGAACGAGCCCUCCGCACCGGACGGCGAGCGUGGCGUUGUCAUCAUGGUCGCUUCCUCUGCUGCCUUUGACGGCCAGAAGGGCCAGGUCGCCUACGCUGCCAGCAAGGGCGCCGUCACUGCCAUGACGCUUCCCAUGACCAGAGACCUCGCUCGCUUCGGUAUCCGCGUCGUAACCAUCGCUCCCAGUCUUUUCGAAUCCCGUAUGACGGCCGUCAUGGGCCAGAAGGUGCGCGCCAGCCUCGAGAAGGCCAUGGAGUUCCCUGUGAGAGCGGGUAAGCCCGAAGAGUUCGCGGCACUGGCGAAGCAUGCUAUUGAAAACGUCAUGCUCAACGGGACGGUGUUGCGACUUGAUGGCGGCAUGAGGAUGCCGAGUAAGAUGUAG